GCAGGAGUGAGGACGCUGGUGCUGGGCUUGUUUUUCACACAUCAAAUGCUUGUUUUUAUUUUAAAGUUAGCAACAUUGGACACAACACAUUUCGGUGGAGGCGGCGGGAGAGGAGGUGACGGUGACCGGCAGUGAGGUGCUGAAGUCUAUUACCUUCUUUAUCGGGAUCCACGACUAUCCUCGUAAUAUCCAGAGGUAACUUAAGGAGCUGGAGUCCCACUAAGAAUAGAAGAAAAGGCUGCGGAAAGAGACUACGUGGAAAGGCUCCUUGUUUCCUGAUCUAGCCAACUAAAGAUAUAAUUUCUUCUUAAGCCUCUGGAGGGUUCAAAAAAAACAAUUUUCAUUUUCUGGAUAGAAGUAUAUAUCUAAUACAUGAUGAGUCUCACAGGAGAGAGACCACAUCUGUGUUCUGAGUGUGACAAAAGCUUUUCAUGUAAAUCACAUCUUCUCAUACAUCAGAGGAUUCACACAGGAGAGAAACCAUUUACAUGUUCUGAAUGCAGCAAGUGUUUUUCUCGGAAGUCACUUCUUAUUAUACAUCAGAGUAGUCACACAGGAGAAAAACCAUUUACAUGUUCUGAAUGUAGCAAGUGUUUUUCCCAUAAGUCACUUCUUCUUAUACAUCAGAGGAGUCACACAGAAAAAAAAACAUUUACAUGUUCUGAAUGUAGUAAGUGUUUUUCCCGGAUGUCACAUCUUGUUAUACAUCAGAGGAGUCACACAGGAGAGAAACCAUUUGAAUGUUCUGAAUGUAGCAAGUGUUUUUCCCGGAAGUCACUUCUUAAUAGACAUCAAAGGAGUCACACAGGAGAAAAACCAUUUAAAUGUUCUGAGUGCAGCAAGUGUUUUUCCCGGAAGUCACUUCUUAUGUUACAUCAGAGGAGUCACACAGGAGAAAAACCAUUUACAUGUUCUGAAUGUAGCAAGUGUUUUUCCCAGAAGUCAUAUCUUGUUAUGCAUCAGAGAGUUCACACAGGAGAGAAACCAUUUGAAUGUUCUGAAUGUAGCAAGUGUUUUUCCCAUAAGUCAUCUCUUGUUAUACAUCAGAGGAAUCACAAAGGAGAGAAACCAUUUCCAUGUUCUGAAUGUAGCAAGUGUUUUUCCCGGAAGUCACGUCUUGUUAUACAUCAGAGGAGUCACACCGGAGAGAAACCAUUUGAAUGUUCUGAAUGUAGAAAAUGUUUUUACCAGAAGUCACUUCUUAUUACACAUCAGAGGAGUCACAGAGGAGAGAAACCAUUUACAUGUUCUGAGUGCAACAAGUAUUUUUCCCAUAAGUCACUUCUUAUUAUACAUCAGAGGAGUCACACAGGAGAAAAACCAUUUACAUGUUCUGAAUGUAGCAAGUGUUUUUCCCAUAAGUCACUUCUUAUUCUACAUCAGGGGAGUCACACAGGAGAAAAACCAUUUACAUGUUCUGAAUGUAGCAAGUGUUUUUCCCGGAAGUCACUUCUUAUUAUACAUCAGAGGAGUCACACAGGAGAAAAACCAUUUACAUGUUCUGAAUGUAGCAAGUGUUUUUCCCAUAAGUCACUUCUUAUUCUACAUCAGAGGAGUCACACAGGAGAAAAAACAUUUACAUGUUCUGAAUGUAGCAAGUGUUUUUACCAGAAGUCACAUCUUAAUAGACAUCAGAGGAGUCACACAGGAGAAAAAGCAUUUAAAUGUACUGAGUGCAGCAAGUGUUUUUCCCAGAAGUCACAUCUUGUUAUGCAUCAGAGUAGUCACAUAGGAGAAAAACCAUUUACAUGUUCUGAAUGUAGCAAGUGUUUUUCCCGGAAGUCACAUCUUGUUAGUCAUCAGAGAGUUCACACAGGAGAGAAACCAUUUGAAUGUUCUGAAUGUAGCAAGUGUUUUUCCCAGAAGUCACUUCUUCUCAUACAUCAGAGGAAUCACAGAGGAGAGAAACCAUUUCCAUGUUCUGAAUGUAGCAAGUGUUUUUCCCGGAAGUCGCAUCUUGUUAGUCAUCAGAGAGUUCACACAGGAGAGAAACCAUUUGAAUGUUCUGAAUGUAGCAAGUGUUUUUCCUAUAAAUCACAUCUUGUUAUACAUCAGAGGAGUCACACAGGAGAGAAACCAUUUACAUGUUCUGAAUGUAGCAAGUGUUUUUCCCAGAAGUCAUAUCUUGUUAUACAUCAGAGGAGUCACACAGGAGAAAAACCAUUUGCAUGUUCUGAAUGUAGCAAGUGUUUUUCCCAGAAGUCAUAUCUUGUUAUACAUCAGAGGAGUCACACAGGAGAAAAAGCAUUUACAUGUUGUGAAUGUAGGAAGUGUUUUUCCCAGAAGUCAGAGCUUGUUAUGCAUCAGAGAGUUCACACAGGAAAGAAACCAUUUGAAUGUUCUGAAUGUAGGAAGUGUUUUUCCCAGAAGUCGUAUUUUGUUAUACAUCAGAGGAGUCACACAGGAGAGAAACCAUUUACAUGUUCUGAAUGUAGCAAGUGUUUUUCCCAUAAGUCGUAUCUUGUUAUACAUCAGAGGAGUCACACAGGAGAGAAACCAUUUGAAUGUACUGAAUGUAGAAAGUGUUUUUCCCUGAAGUCGAAUCUUGUUAAACAUCAGAGGAGUCACACAGGAGAGAAACCAUUUACAUGUUCUGAAUGCAGCAAGUGUUUCUCCGAUAAGUCAUAUCUUGUUAUACAUCAGAGGAGUCACACAGGAGAGAAACCAUUUACAUGUUCUGAAUGCAGCAAGUGUUUAACUAGUAAGAGAGCACUCAGUAAUCACAUGCGGAGUCACUCUGAGGGCCUGAAUGCAGCUUGUGUAUCAUAAGUAAUGUAACUUAUCACAACUGUAUGAAUGCAAUGGAGCCAAUAUUUAUUUUCUGAAUGUGAUGAGUGUUUUAUAUAAAUUACUCUUGAUAAAGACAGGAGAGGUCAGACAAGUGGACCUGGAGGUACUUUUCCCCUUGGAAAAGGUCUCUGUGUUAGGAACUAGAGCUGCAGUAUAACAAUAGCCAAUGACCGUGGGACUGCCAUUACUGAGCUCUGUAAUAUACAGCUGUUCUGCUCAUGCAGGUGCUGGGACUAGUACAUGAGGGGUAAUACAGACCUGAUCGCUGCUGUGCAUUUUCACCCAACGGGUGUUAAAAUCUAAACUGGGCAUGCGUAUGCACCGCACUGCAGUUUGUGGGUGGCAACUGACCGUUUCAGGGAGUGUCUGGAAAAAUGCAUGCAUGCCCAAACAUUUGAAGGGAGGGUUCCUGGCAUAAGUUCCGGUCCUGAACAGGCUGAAGUGAUCGCAGCAGCUGAGUAAGGCCUGGGCGGAGCAGACACUGCACAAAAUCUGCUUGUACAGUUCUGCUACACAUACAUUUGCACACUUGCACAGCUAAAAUACACUUCCCCUAUAGGUGGUGACUAUCUGAUUGCAGCAAUACAAAAAUCACCUGCUAGCGAUCAGGUCUGAAUUAGGCCCAUAGUUCCAGCAGCUCCUCUCAGUACUGGGAUUCCUUCUCUGACCAGCAGGGCUAUGAGCACUGGGUAUUUCUACAGGAACAAUGUAUGCUGCUCUGUUUCACCAUAUGGGUUAUAUUUACUAAAUAUCAGUUUUUCAAAGCCACUGAUUCUUACUGUCUAUGAUCGCUGGAUGAUAAAGGGCAGUAAUAAUACAUGUAAAUUCAGGCUUGUUUUUCUAUAGCCAUUUAAAUCCAGCACACAAAUGGAGUGAAAAUCUGUGGUUUUCAAAAAAACUGUAGUAACUACAGUAUACCCGCUACAGGUCUUUCCUCUGGUCUCUUAUACCUCCGUAUUAUUUCUCUAAUACCUUUUAUAUUACUACUAUUACUAUUCAGUAAAAUGGUGCAAGUAAAACACUGGUUGUCUGUAUCCCAUAGCAACCAAAUUAUAACACUUUACACAUAUAGUGGCAGAAGCUCAAUUAGCUUAGUGAUAUCAUUCAGGUGCUUGAAAGUGAGGGGUAUUUCUAAGCAAGAAAAAAAGCAUUUUUUUCCCCCAGCACUCUGAAUGAUAGCAGUAACUAGAUAUAAAUCCCACACAAUAUUAGAAUUCAGAGAUCUCGGUUACAUAUAUUUGCACAAAUGUAUGAAUAAGCCCCAAAGCCACGUCAAGGCCUCUCUGUAUAUUUGGGGUCCUCUGCUAUAGUUAGGUGCAGGGCGUGGCACCCCGUUUUCUUUCUCUAAUACCUUUUAUAUUACUAUUUAGUAAAAUGAUGCAAAUAAAACACUGCUCAUCUGUAUCCCAUAGCAACCAAAUUAUAACAGUUGUUUGUUUGCUGGCACUAGACAUCUAAUAGCUUAUAUCUGGUUGCUAUGGGUUACAGCACAUGCUUGCUUUCCACAUCAUGUAAUUAAUAAGUCCUAAGUUGUGCACAUUGGGUACCAGGCUAAUAGUAAAGUUCCUUCACAAUAAAAGAAACUGGUAUGACAGUAAUAAUAUACAUCAAACUAACCUUUACAGAGGGGGUCAUUCAGACCCGUACGCAGCUGUCCAUCUCUAUGCAGUGGUUGCAUUUGGGUGGUCUGCGCACACGAACUGGCCGCAGUGCACAUGUGUGACCCUUCUCUUGGCUGCAUCCAGGAAGGAUGUGGCCGCAAGUUGAUUGACAGCAGCUCCCGUUUUUGGGGUGGCAACGCAGUAUUGGCGGUGGCCCCAACAGGAGGCAUGCUGUGUCCGUUUUCGGUGCAGCUGCAUGAUGUCACAUGCAGCUGCUCCAAUUUAAAAAAUGUUGGCCGACCGCCUGACAGCGCACUCAGGCUGCGCUGCCAGGGGCCACCCUUAGUUUCAUGCAUCCGCAAUCACAACUACCGGGUAGCCUUGCCCUGUGCUGGGCGGCCCCCAGCAUGUGAGGAGAUGGACGCAGAUCUGGCUUUGAAUCAGGUCCAUAGUACUCAGUGAUGUAACUCAGACAGAUCUGUCCUGCAUGUAAAGUGAAGGACCACGUAGAAAUAAUUGGCCGGAUGUAAUGGCUUGCAGGACGGCUGGAGCUCUGAGAUUGGUUUUGCCUUGUAAAAAAUGUUCUGCUUUGAAAAAAACAUACGAGUUGGGCCGGAGUCUUGGAGCUCCAGCUGUCUCACCAGCCAUUACAUCCGGCCCCAUCUCUGUAAUAAUCAUACAUGUUACUAGCAGUUGUCCUCAUAACACUCAUUGAAUAAAAUGAUUUCAUCAAUAAUAAUAAUUUCUUACAUUCCUCUUCUACAUUUUAGAAGAUAGACCCAGGAGAGAUACUUAGGUGAUCAUGUAAUCUGUCUGUAACUAUCUGGCAAACAAUAUUAAAAACCUCAAAGAAUCAUCAUUAAUACUAGAGAUGAGCGGAUUCGGUUUUACUCUGAUUUACUUUGUUUUCAAAACGACAUCUUAUUGGCUCACGGAUGUCACGUGUUUUGGAUAGCCAAUCAGAUGUCGUUUUGAGAACCGAGUAAAUCCGAGUAAAACCGAAUCCGCUCAUCUCUAAUUAUUACUACUCAGCAAAUAGAUUAUUUAUGCCAUUUUAUAGCUGUUGUGAAAUAUAAACACAGGGUCUUCCUGCCAAUCAGGGAUUGCUCUGUAGAAGGAAUGAUACUUCGUAUUCCCUGCUUUGCUGCUGUCUUUCUUUGUCUCCUGUCCUCAUGAGGAAUAACUUGGAGUAAAACAAUCCCCCUGCCGCACAGCUUAGCCAGUGUAGGUGGUUAUUCAGUAAGGAGUGUAAUCACGAUCCUCUGUGCAGUUUCCUGAUGGGGAACCGGCACAUGUGCAGUACCCUUCUGGGCAUGUGCAGAACAGGUCCUGCAAUCGCAUUGCAUUAAGUGAAUGAACCAGGCAGAGGCUGAAAUUACUACUGCUGAAACUGGCAUGUGAGGAGCCACCCAGAAAGGGUAAAAGACGCACACUGAUUGCACUGAUUUGCUCCCCCAUAUUAGCAUACACUGCUCUCCCAAUCCGAGGAAAAUGUUUACUCUGUAUUAAAUAGCAAAUUUUCUGAAGUUUUUGGAAAUCAGUGUAAUUGAUAAACUGUCCAUUCUCCCAUGCAAAUGUCCCUUGGGGCAGAUUAUACAACUGUAGGUUUAUUUGGACUUUCUCCUUUUAUAUGUGUUUUGCUGUAUGUACUGUAUAUCCAUACUCGCCCACUUUUGAAAACUAGAAUCAGGAAUAUUACAGUAGGAUGUGCAGCUCAAAUUGCUCCGUACCACCGAGGGGGCGUGUCAUACUCUGCAUAAAAGGGCGUGUCUUUGCUUAAAUGCUUGUUGCUGUGAGAUAUUUCUAUAUAACAUUAGUAGCAAUAUCUUCUGGGAAGUUUUGCAAAUAUUGAAACUAACAUUGUUGUCUGCAAUACGGGGUUUCUUGUUUGAAAUAUAUAUUCACUGUGGUAUUUCUUUUCUUCUCACUCAUUGCAUAUUGUAUUUAUCAUGAAUAUUGUGCUAAGUUCCAAAUGCAAGUUAACCAUGUGUGAAUUUAUCCCUAAAUUAUGAUUUUGGUGUAUUAAAUGUUAUUUUACUGUGAA